UCGGUCAUUUCGUUUUUGAUGUAUUUGCCUUAAAACGUAGUUAGCACCACCAGAAGUAUUAGUUCUUGAGAUGCUUCAGACGCAGGAGCCGCUACUGCCAUUUUUUUCUCUAGAUGAAAAGUAAGAUCAAAAUCAAAAUAUCAACUAAGUACCCACUCACUACUAGAAAUCGAACUACCCGCAGCACCUGACAUCAAGCUGCAGAAGAUGCUGUCCCUACCAACUACACUCUUCUCCUGGCUGUCCGCUUUGGCCCAGGUGUGCGAGUGCAGAACAACUACGCCUCAGGUGCCCCAGCAAGUAGAAGAAGAAGCACAAGACCCUCAAGCUCAAACAAGGGAAGCCUUGAUUGCGGGAGAAGCGCGACACCAUCAAGUAGCAAGGGAAGUGGCAGGGUUUUUACAGCCUCAAACCAGUACCAGAGCAGACCCAAGCCCAACUAGUC